AUGAAAUUCUUAGUUGUAUUUGCCAUCUGUGCCGUUGUGGCUUCGGCCAAUCUCAUCAAUAGUGACCUGAGUGAACUCAAGGAUAUUAUAGCCGCUAUCAACCAUCCAAGCACUCAUCCAGAUACCGCUGCUGCCCUGCAACAGAUGCUUGAAGAGCUCCUUGCAUCUGUUCACCCUAACCCCAUCCACGUUGGACCUGCUAUCAUUGACGGCGAAUACGAGCCCAUCUCCGUUGGACCUGCGAUCGUUGACGGUGAAUACGAGCCCAUCUCCGUUGGACCUGCGAUCGUUGAUGGUGAAUACGAGCCCAUCUCCGUUGGACCCGCUAUUGUUGAUGAAAGUGCUGUAGGAGCAAGUUCUCCUCUUGUGCAAAUAAUCAUCAACGUUAAACCUAACUCGGGAUCACCUGCUGUCAAUCCCGCCCCUGUUAUCGUCGAUGACUUUCAUGGUCUCCCUGUCGUCGUCGACAAGCCUGAGCUUAUUAUUAGUAAUCCUGACGCCACCCCGCAG